AUGAAGUUCGGUAAUUGGAAGAGAUUUAAAGAAGGAUUAAAGAAAGUUGCAGCACUAUUAGCUUCUGGUGCGAAAUUUGGUGGGAAUGUAAUUGAAAAAGCAAAACCACUUAUUUCUAUAGCAUCAGAUUUUAUUCCAGGUGGUGAAAUAAUUAAAAAAGGUACAGAAGUAAUUAGUAAAAUAGCAGAACCUACAAGUGAAGUAUUAAAUAGAAUAGCAUCAGGUGAAAAUGUUGUUGGUGCAACUAAAAGAUAUUUAAAUCAAGUUAAAAAUGAAAUACCAAAUGAUAUUACUAAAACAGCAAGUAAAAUUAUUAAUCAAGUACCUGAACAUGUUUCAUUAAAACCAAAAACAAAAUCAAAACCUUUAUUAUUUGCUAAUAGACUUAAUAAUAACGAAGAAUAUGAUAAGAAUGGAGAAAUAGAUGAAGAAAUAGAUGAAGAUGAAUUAAAGAAUAUAAUUAAGACAGCAGGAAAGAAAAUAGCAGGAAUAGGAGGGAAGUUAUAUAAAACAACAGGUACUAUAGCAUCUAAAAUAAUUCCUAUUUCAAAAGGAAUAGCAUCAUUUCUUCCAGGUGGUGAAAUAAUAGAUCAAGUAUUAGAUAGAGUACCAAAAUGGUAUGAAACAAAUGGAAAAGCACUCACAGAAAUUAGUGAAGGAAAGAAAAUAAAAGAUGUUAUUAAAGAGUACGGAAAAACACUUUAUAAUGAUGUUCUUUUAAAUAAAAAAUAA